CUCGCAGCUGCUUAAUGAUUAAUGUCAUAAUGAGCGCGCGGGGCACAAGUUGAUUGUUUUCACGUUAUUUCAUAGCACGGCUUGGUUUUACGUUGCGAGUCGAAAAGGUUGAGUUAUUUAAAGAUAAUAAUAUUUAAAAAACUCAGCAGUAAUACAUAUUUUAUGAUAACACUAUUUACAUCUAUAUCUAAAGACCCAUGGUCUUAACUAAAUCGAAAACCCUGUUGCAAUCAACGAUGGAAAACAAAUUCUUCAAAUUAGUCCAUUUGAAAUAUCUCCUUCGGGUCGCUCCAAAGUCUGGACAAUCUAUUAGGAUAUGCAUAACAGUAAAAACGAUACGUACCCGACAUAAAACGGUUUUUGUCUCCCUGUCUAUCUGGAGUGGCAUGGUCACCCACUAAAGAAGGGCUAAUGUACUUUUUUUCAGGACCGCUUCGCUUUAAAGCGCCUGUUACUCCAGACACGUGGAGUGGAGUCAGAGACGCAGUUACCUUCGGGAACCAGUGCUCACAACGAGCAGCACCAACAGUGACUCUUCACAACGGGGACAUUCCGCCUAGAAGUGAGGACUGUUUGUACCUAAACGUCUACUCUCCCACUCAAGGAAAUGCUACAGGUCUAAUGCCCGUCAUGGUGUGGAUACACGGAGGAGGGUACACUUUAGGAUCAGGAUCCCAGUAUGAUGCCGCGUCGCUAGCAACAAAAGGGGUUGUCAUGGUUACCAUCAACUAUAGACUCGGUCUUUUUGGGUUCUUGUCAACGGAGGACGACACGAUGCCUGGAAAUUACGGAAUGCUGGACCAGAUUGCUGCUCUUAAAUGGGUAAAAGAUAACAUUGCUUCUUUCGGAGGUGACCCAAAUCAAGUAACCAUUUCUGGACAAAGUGCUGGCUCGGGAAGUGUCUCUCUCCUGACCUUGUCACCUCUCGCCAAAGGUCUGUUCCACAGAGCGAUUAUGGAGAGCGGUGCUUCUCUUUCUCCAUGGGCUUUCCAAUUCCCCGCAAAUCGAGUAACUGCUCGAAUGAUAGCUAGGUUGAUUAGCGUGGCAGCUGGGUGUGACGACUUGGAGAAUUCAACUUCACUUUUGUCCUGCUUGCAGCAAGUGGAUGCAGGAACGUUGCUGAAUAUUUCUAUCUCCGUGACCAAAGCUGUAGAUGCCGGUAUUAUAAUGACUCCUAGGGUUGAGACAACAUUUGGCUUCUUGCCAGAGUCGCCAGUUACACUUCUCUCACGGGGCCAGAUUCACCACGUAGACACUCUGAGGGGAUUUAACAGUGAUGAGAUUGGAGUUGCUGUCACUGUUUUCAACCAACAUCCCCCAAAACCGGUUACAAUGGAAGUGGCUAAACAAGAAGUUAUUGCACCUCUGCUUAAGCAGUUUUCCAAUCUAGAUCUUCAAAAGGUUCUAAAAUUGAUGCUGUCGACGUUCGUCACAGAUACUUUAAACCAUGACUUACUACAGAGAGAAUCUCUGGAUGCCGUUGACAGUUUUACAUUUGUGGCCCCAACUCUAGUAGAGCUAAACGACGUUGUGCGCACUGCCCCAGAAAAGAGACACUACAUGUAUGAGUUUAACCACAGACCAAGCUUCAGCAAAGUACCUCAAUGGAUGUCAGCUCAACAUGGACAGGAGCUCUCCUUCGUUUUUGAUGUCCAAGCGAAAGAGUGGGCCGACAGUAGCUUUGGUCCACCGGACGCUACAGACAUUCUGGUAUCUACACAGAUGAUGGAACUGUGGACCAACUUUGUCAAGACAGGGAACCCAACGUCAACCGUGCCCAAAGGAGGAGCCAUGUGGAACCAGUACAGCCUCGCGACACCGUACUACCUUCGUAUUAAUUCUGCUUCCGAAUCAAAACUAUGGUCUAAUCCCCGGGACGUUGAUUUGUAUAAGAAACUUCUAGAGAUCAUGGAUGGAAGCAAAAUGCCAGUUUCUCCCAUUAUUGGGAAAAAGUAAACGCAAUUAAUUACUUCUAUUUGAAAUAAAUAUAGCAUUUAUGUUUGAAUAACUUUUUUUUUCAACAAGGAUACAAUUAUCAUAAAGCCUAUGGUGUAUUGGUAAGUGAAAUGUGCCCCAAGCAUAACGUAUUGAUGUUCCUAUAAUACACGAGCCAAUCCAAACAUUAAAGCCAGUCUUGAGUUUGUUCUGAGGAAUUUCAAUUUUGAAAUUACAGCAAAACUAUUCUUUCCCUACUUUUGAGAAUGUAUGUUCAUUGGUUGGAUCGCCGAUUGAGGACGAGCCAGUACGUAAGGCAUCGGGUUCCUUUAUAAUUCGAACUCUCUUUCUGGAUGGUGGUACGUAAAGACGGGGAUUAAAAGAUAGUAAUUACUUGA